AUGUGCGCGCCUUCUUGUGAUUGUUUGAAGGUUGUGACCGAUGCUGCUGCCGUUCCUGCAGACGAUCUGCUGGGGAAAAGUGCCAGACGUCCUAUUGGCAAUCAAAACACGCGAGCGUUCUGCCUGCUAAUCGCUGGAUACAUAGAUGAGCAGAUUCGCAUUCCAAUUACUAAGAGACAAGGCGUCAGCAACUCCCAUUCCAUUGGGGCGCCUUCGCAAGGAAUGGUGCUGUCACUGAAGGAAGCAUUGCGGCAACUAGUGGUGAAUGAGUAUGGCUCGCGGGGAGACGUUUGCAGGGAUGGGCUUAAUUUUGCGGUAUAUGGAGCUUCUGAACAUAAAAGCACAUCACACCGUAUCAUGCGUGCCUGCGAACACCUGUGUGUAUUGCCGAAGGGGUGGGAUGAUGGAAACUAUAGUGCAGGAGAGGUACAGGACGUGUUUGAUACCACGAGCGCACUGAACGGAGUAAUGCUUCUUCUGAGAGAAAUUGGUGACCUCCGAAGGACCGCUGCCGUGUACAGGCGGCGGUGCAUGAAAAUACUCAUGGUGCUACGAAAAGGGUCUGUACAGAAGAGUGAGGAGACACAGUCGAUCCCUGAUGAGGAAUGUGCUGAGGAUGUUUCGAGGCAAGACGUGUGUGACGGCAACUGUAAUGAGGCUCGCAUGAGCAAAGUCUUGGUGGAAAUGAGGAAACUGAUUACCGAUGCUCUGAAGGAUCCAUAUGCCGCUUCAGGAAAGCUGCGCAGCGCACUAGAGCAGUGCUGUGAGAUGAUUCAAACAUGUAGUUCAGAUAUGGAAGUCUCUUGCCGGCACCAAUCAAAAAAGGUAACCACGAACACAGCUCCUGUUUGCACAUCUGAUAGCAGUACGUCAUUCGGUGAGGAAACGUCAAGCUCUUCAGAUAGCACCGUCGAUAUGUGUACUGCAGCUCACGCUCCGACUAUCACCAUCACUAGUGGGCACGUUGGCUCCUCGGGUAGGGUGAUUUCAACCAAUACGCGCAGCAAUGUGUACGCCGAAUCCGAUCCUGAUGCCGAGUCACCGGAAAAUGUGAGGAAAAAGAAGAAACGGCCCCUCCCGGUGCUCCGCCCGGCCCGGCUUAAUCCCCUGUCGCAACCUCCACAACUUUCUUGCAAUCCCCUCACUGGAGGUACCCGCCAAGGUAACUUCCUUCCGCCAUGCAUAGCUACGCAUUGGGGAGCAAAACAGCAAUACAGUGUUGAACGGAGUCGAAAUCGUGUCUCCUGGGAGACUGACGCCGGUGCUCGUGUGAUGCCUCGUAAUGAUUCUGUCAAUACCAUGGCCGGUGCAGUUUCCAGCGGUGGCACGUCGGAAGGAAAAAUACCAUUGAGUAACUUGCGUGAAACUGCAGAUCAGCUGAUUGCAAGGAUCGAGCGAGCCCAUGCCCAAAAAAGGUGGCAGCGCGGAUGUGUUGACGUAUCGGAGGCCCAUGUGUACUAUGAAGAGGCGCACGAGUAG